AUGCCCAAUGCAAUUUCCACUUCUUAUAUUGAUGAAUUUGAUCAAGAAGAAUUAACAGACGAAGAAUACUUUUUAGGCCUUUCAGUUGCUGACAUAAUAAAUUUAAGUGAUAAAAAAACAUUGGCAGAUGAUGAAAUGGUUGCAAAAUUAAAAAAAGAAGCAAAUUCUAAUCCACCUCCUUGUAUAAAUUCUGCAUACCUUAAAAGAUGGUUCAAUUCAGUAUAUGAAAAUGACAUAGAAAAUUCAUUAAAAAAACUAAAAAAAGACUUUGAU